CCAGAUAGUAUCUCCAUUCUCGACAUGUUUGUAGAGCACGACCAAUCGCCGGUUGAGUCGCGUGCUUGAUGCGAGGCAGAUGGCUCUGAAAAUGAUUGCCAACGUCACGUACGGGUACACGGCCGCCAGUUUCUCUGGGCGCAUGCCAUGUGCACAGGUUGCCGACGCCAUUGUCCAGUGUGGGCGCACGACGCUGGAAGCGGCGGUCAAGACUGUGGAAACCCAUCCGACGUGGCAUGCAAAGGUCGUAUAUGGUGACACGGACAGUCUGUUUGUGCAGCUACGGGGUCGAACUCUGGAGCAAGCGUUGCGACUUGGCCACGAAAUCGCCCACGUCGUCACGACGCUCAAUCCCAAACCCGUGUGCUUAAAGUUUGAAAAAGUGUACAUGGGGUCGUUCCUCGUAUCCAAGAAACGGUACGUUGGGCUCAAGUUUGAGCAUUUGGGAGACAAGGGCCAUCUGGACGCCAAGGGUAUUGAAACCAUCCGCCGCGACUCGUGCGGCGUCGUGCAGCACCCGAUGCGGCACUGGCUCCGGCUCGUCUUCUUCACGCGGGACCUCUCGGCGUGCAAAAAGUACCUCCAGAAGUACUGGACCCACAUGCACGACGGACGCAUUCCACUGACGCACUACAUUUUCGCCAAGGAAGUGCGAUUGGGCACGUAUGCCGGACAAGGUCCUCCGGGGGUGUUGGUUGCCAAGAAAGCCAUGGCCAAAGACCCUCGGGCAGAACCACGAUACGCUGAACGCGUGGCGUACGUGGUGGUCCGAGGUCCCCCCGGCGCCCGACUCAUGGACUUGGUCGUUGCUCCAGAUGAGUUGGUAGCCAGUCAAAAGCAGUAUUCAAUCAACGUCGACUAUUACGUGUCCAAACAAAUGCUUCCUAGCUUUGAGCGAUUGGCGAUUCUCAUGGGCGUAGACGUUCGCAAAUGGUACAACGCGCUGCCUCGAAAGGCGGAGCGAGCGGCUGUGGCCCCGUCGCUGACGCGGAUUGACGCGUACUACUCGAGUCAGCACUGCCGAGUGUGCGACACAAGGAGCUUCCAUCGGGGGUCGAUUUGUGCAGACUGCCGCGCGCACCCGCAGCGCACCGCCAUGGCCGUCGAAUCGCAAGUGGUGCAGUUGGACGCGGAGCUGCAGGCGCUGAGACGCGUGUGUGUGCAGUGCAUGGGGUCGAGUUGGGGAGGGUCGUGGGACAGCCCGAUGGCCAUGGUGUGCCGGAAUUUUAGCUGCGCAGUGUGGAACCAGUGGCUGCCCACGGCCGUGGCCACGGAGACGUGGAAAACUAAAGUUAAAGUAGAAAGUAGUGUAUGUAAAAACGAUUAAUACUACCGAAACGUAGCAAGACUGUAUGAUCACCAUCGAAAUGUCCACUGUCACUUGACAAAGGAACAGCAGCGCCACUUUGUGGGGCUCUGUCAGUGGAUAUGCGGAGGGGGGGAAACGGCCUAAGCAGUGUACUUGCCGCCAUACUUGGCUUCCGACCCGUAUUGGGGGUUGCCAUACUGGGGCCGGUUGUACACUUUAGGCUUAACCUCUGCCGCCGCUUUUCGCUUAUCGCUGCACGUGCUAGCGAGCUUCGACAGAGCGGACGACAGCGCAGCGUACACUUCGCUGGGCAGCGGGCACAGCUUGUCCCCGUUGCCGUCCACCGACGGCCCUGACUCGCCCUCUUUCAGGUCUCCGUAGGCGCGUUCGUCGGCCAGAUGACGACCGUACACGAGGGAGAUGGCGUCGUCCUCCUUGGCCCAGUCGGGGUAGAUUUUUCCCAAGAACUCGACAACGUCAAACUCGGCGAGGCACAAGUAGCUGCGCUUGGACAACAGGUGGUUGUACGUUUGCACUUCGGCGGUGGUCGUGAUGUCCUCGGCAGUCAGAAUGUCGUCGUCGAUGCACUUGGUCACAGUCGCAGAGUUGGCGCGGAGGUCAUCCGACAGCUUCCACUCGUCCGUCUUGAACUCGGGGUAGCACUUGGACAGGUCUCCGUCGUUGUUGGCGCGGCAUGCAUGGAAUGCGCAAUAGUACAAGAUGCCAAACCCUUCCAAGAUGGGCUGCUCGUGGUAGCCAGCGCUGCGGACCGCGAUUUCAGCAAUUGACUGGGGACGGCGGAGUGCCGACGCUUCGCGCUCGACGUAGUGCACGGCGUCGUAUAGACCGCGGUACGUGCGGUCGGUGGUGUAGUCGGCGUUCUGGCAGUAGCGGUAGAUGCUCUGGCUGUCCGUCUUUUGGAGGGCUUUAAGGGCUUCCGAGUUUUUGCUGUUGGUGUACAAGUUGUUGGCUGGAUCGGUCACCGAGUAGUGGAUCGUGCUGGGGAUGUUAGCAUAGAUGUAGGCGCCUUGAUCGCUGUCAAUGGGCUGCAAGUCGUUCGGGUUGGCGCACGCAAACUUCGUGCCAAUCGUAAACGCACUGAGCCCCGAGGCUUCGCCACUGGUGUACUGCUGAAGGAAGAUUUCCUUUUCGCCGUGCUUGACAUAGUACGGCGCGUUCGGGUUGUACGCGACCGUGCCCGCCGGUUGCUCGAACGACCGGUACAAGUUGGGAAAGUUGUCCUUGGCGGCGUCGCCGGUGCAUGCUUUGACCGACUCGAUGAACGCGUGUAGCUUGCGCAGGUACAGCACCGGGCCUUCCACUGGGUUCUUGCACGCGUCCGCGGCGUAGUGCUCGAUGAAAUUGAUGCGGAUGUAGUUUUCCGUCAAGCACAUGACGGUCGCCGUCGUGAUAGACACGUACGCACUCUGGAGGCACUUUUCCUUCAAGUAGUCGGGCGUGAUCUCGUACGUGGCGGGCUUGGGCGUGGGGGCGGCCGUGGCAGGCGAGCCGUACCCGCCUUCGUCGGGUUUCUUCGUCGUCUUGGGCUUUGCCGUCGUGGUUGUCGUGGGCUCGGGGGUUGGGCGCUUCUUGUAGUCCGACCCGUAGUAGUCGUCGUUGUAUUCUUCGGGCUUGGGAGUAGGCUUGGGGGGCUCACCGCCGCAGAUGCCGUCGACGUUGGCACUGAGGGAGAAGUGCAAAACCAAGCACUGGUCCAAGAAGUAAUUGGUCAGGCUCUUGCGGCCGCACGACGUCCACGGGGCCCCCGUGAGAAAACAAUGGUAGUCACCCAACUUGGGCACUUUGAAGCUGUCCACCGCGCCGGGCGUUUCCGUGAAGAACGUGUACGGGAAAGGCUCCUCUGCGUCCUUCUUGUAGUGCGACGUCCACGGCUCGUACACUGGUGGCGCGUACGUUCGGUAGUCGUCUUCGUCGCCGAACUUAUCACCGUGGAUGUUGCCGUAGCCAGGCUUUUCCUUGUUGUACGACGCCGGUUUCUUCUUGCCGUAGGUGCUCUUGGGUGGCGUAUCGUAGUCAUCGGUUUCUUGUUGGCCGUAGUUAUCGCCACCAUAGUUGGGCCGGGGUUUGUAAGCAGGCUUCUUGGUCGUCUUGUACGAAGGAACUUCAUCAUCGUAGCCAUAGCCGUAGGCAGGUUUGUUGGUGGUAGGUCGCUUCGUCGGCGCAGGUUCAGAGUAGGUAUCGUAAUUGUAGUCAUCUUCCGUGUACGAGUCAGCCUUCUUGGGCUCGUAGCCAUCAUUUGUUGGCUCUUUGUAGUCGCCAUACGUCUCAUAGGUGUCGUCAUCGUCGCCGCCAUACGAAGGCUGAUCGUACUCUUCAACGUCGCCGCCAUACGAAGGCUGAUCGUACUCUUCAACGUCGCCGCCAUACGAAGGCUGGUCGUACUCUUCAACGUCACCGUAGUUGUCGUACUCGUCCUGGUUGUUGUAGCUGUUGAUGGGCGUGCCGUAGGUCGCCCGUUCGCCAGCUUGGAUUUCCGCCAAGAUGGUUUUGAUGCCAACCAACACUGCGAAAAGGUACGCUCCCUUCAUGGUCGUGCCUUGUUGAAUUUGUCAAGCAAAUUGUGCAAUGAUCUCUUGUUCGUGUGUGGCCUUGG